AUGGUAUCUCUGUUUGGUCUCAUUGGAUUCAUAACUGCAUCGUCAUUUUCACCCUACAAUGACAUCCCAAAAGAUGCUGGUCUAAAUCCAACACUUUAUGCAGGUCCAUAUUCUUCUUCCAGAAAUGUUCUAGAAGCAACUAUGAGAGAAAUAAUUGAAAGAAUGAGACAGAGACUCGGAACAGAAACAGGAAACUCAUUUCAGGCAAAGGACAUGUUAAUGGAGCUGAAGAUGGCCAUGCGAGACUAUUCAAUGAAAGACGAUAGGUUGAGUAAGUUCAAUAAUGCAAUUCACAUGAUAGAAAGUGCAAUCAGAUCGUAUGAUGCAACUGGUAUUGAAAAGAACAAGAUCUAUCGAUAUGUCAGGCAACUUGAUCCAGCACUGAACUCUACGUAUGCAGCAAAUGAGCUAGUUCGACUCAUGCAGCUGGCUGACGAAUCAAUGUCACACGAAGAGAAUAUUUAUGAGAAGAUUGUGUUGAUUGUGGAUGCAUUGGAGUACUAUUACACCAAUUCAAUGCAAUUUGGAAACAUUCACGUCCUGAACUUCUUCAAAUAA